AUGGCUGCAGCCGUCAACGCCACAUUCAAGCUCGUCCUGGUCGGUGACGGUGGUACUGGAAAGACCACUUUCGUCAAGCGCCACCUGACUGGUGAAUUCGAGAAGAAGUACAUCGCCACCCUUGGUGUCGAGGUGCACCCCCUCAACUUCAACACCAACUACGGUGCUAUCCAGUUCGAUGUCUGGGAUACCGCUGGUCAGGAGAAGUUCGGUGGUCUCCGUGAUGGUUACUACAUCAACGGCCAGUGUGGUAUCAUCAUGUUCGAUGUCACUUCCCGUAUCACCUACAAGAACGUCCCCAACUGGCACCGCGACCUCGUCCGUGUCUGCGAGAACAUCCCCAUCGUCCUCACCGGUAACAAGGUCGACGUGAAGGAGCGCAAGGUCAAGGCCAAGACCAUCACCUUCCACCGCAAGAAGAACCUCCAGUACUACGACAUUUCCGCCAAGUCCAACUACAACUUCGAGAAGCCCUUCCUUUGGCUCGCUCGCAAGCUUGUUGGCAACCCCCAGCUCGACUUCGUUGCUGGAACUGCCCUUGCUCCCCCCGAGGUUACCGUCGACGAGGCGCAGCUCGAGGCUUACCGCAAGGAGAUGGAGGAGGCCGCCAACAUGCCCCUCCCCGACGAGGACGAUGCCGACCUGUAA